CGGCGCGCCGGAUGGAAGCAACGGAGUCGAACGGCUCUCCCGUCGUUUGGGUUCUCUCUGAAUCAACAGCAAUUCAUCUGUCGCAAUGGAGUCAGAGAGCUUCAUGACCCUUUACGAGGAUAACUCUGUAGAAGUGCACUAUCUGGACGGAUCCAGGUUGCUCCUUUCCCCUUGUGGCUCUGAGUUUUUAUUUGAGAAGGCUGUUCCUGCCUCUGCCCAUCCACUGCAGCCGCCAGUGCGGGUUCGCCAAAGGACACCGUUUGCUAUUAGCAUCUACCGGAAGCAACUUUUGUGUGCAAUAGAUUUCCGGAAUCAAUAUUCCAAUCGUCCCUAUUUACCUUCAAGUAUUAUACCUCCUAAAAGGAAACAUGUUAUUUUCACAGAUAUCUGUGAAGCCAAGUGGCCCAGUCCCCACACUGCUAGGGGGGCAAUACAUGUGCAUAACGGCAAUGUGAAGGUCUCCUCUUUAGAUGGUCAUGCUUGCCUCUUAUUGCCAGAGCUUCAGCAAGAAUUUACAGUGGAGUUUUUAUGCAAAGUCAGCCAAAGGUUCCCAUUUUUGGAGAAAAGCUGCAGCGAAUUGACCCAAGAUUGGUGUGGAAGAUUCAGCCAGCAUUCUGUCUUAAAACUGAGAACUGAAGGCAAAGACAAAAACCCCUGCAAGGCUGCAGCGAAUCAUACACAAGAGAGCAGUUCAGGUCCUGUGCAAAAAGAUGAUGAGAUCUCUGGGUCUUUCCAGAACUGUUCCUCUGAAUAUUCUAGGGUUAUACAGCAUCUGUCUGUGUCCUCCUGCCCCGAAGAAUGGAGAUACCCACUGUCGUUAGCGCUCACGUUUUACCAGUCAUACACUGGGAAUGAAGCUGAAGUUGAUGAAAGCAGCAAAGACAGUGGAAAUGGACAGAUUGAUGCUUCUACGUGUGAAAUGUCUAAGGCGGUCACUUCUUUGCCUUCAGCUUUACCACUCAGCUGCCAUGCUCCAUAUCUGCACAGGUGGAGUUACACAGAUUCCUUCCAACUGAGAAAGCAAGAUGGUGGACAUUAUUCGCAUUCCCAGCCAAUCAAAGUGCUGUGGAGCAAGGGUGUCAUUUACAGGUUUUUUCUUGGAAGGAAAAGUAUAGAAAUCUACCCUGGUGAUGGAUCAGUUUUCAAAUCAGAAGGUUCCUUUUUGGGAAAAUAUUUCACUCGUUAUUUUAUUCAGGAAAUAACAAAACAGAGAGAAGAAACAAUGUAUUCUGUAAAUACGCUGCCACCUGAUAUACCUGGGAGCCUCUACUCUGUGUGGGCAAUUAUUACACAAGCAGUAAGAGUUCUUCAACAUGAUCUUGAGAACAUGCUUUCGUUAACCCAUAAUUACAGUGUCUCCUGCUGGAAGGUGUCUCCUGAGACUGGUGGAGGAGAAAUGCUCCCAGUACCUCUGGCUGAAAAAGUUAUUCCAAACUUUGGAAGAUUCUUUGCAUAUUCAGAUAAUAAAGUACAUGCUGUCUUUCAUGAUGGAUUGAUCCUGAACAUGAUGUGGGAUUUUGCUUCUCACUAUGGAAAGUUGCAGGAUACUAACACAGGUUGGUGUAAACUGACUUCACCUGAAGGAGCACAGCAGCUUCUCCAGAUCGAUCAUCCUGGACUCUAUGAAAGAUACAUCACAACCGUGGUGGAAUGGUGCAAAAGCUUGAACAAGGACAGAGACAUAUGUGCGGAUUCACCACAACCUAUUCCUGAAGAAAACUGGUCAGUUGCUGCUGAACUUGAAAAAAUAAAAAGAUUUAACUUUAUAGUGGAAAACAGCAAUAUUCCAGGUAUGGUUUCAGCAGUGAAAAGAAAUCAAUCAUCCAACAUACAGACACCAAAGAAAACUUUUUUAAGUGAGGUUGUUUGUAAAAAGAACAUAGCUGAGACUCUGGAAAGAACAUCAAAGGUUAUCAAUGAUAUUGACUCUCUUUUAGCUUCUUCCAAAAAGCAAACCAUGAUCAAAAGUAUUUCAAGUGAUGCUGUCCCUCAUUAA